AGUUACAGUUGAGAUAAAGGCUGGAGCCUCCAGCGCUGCGCCUCGCCUCGCCGGUGCUGGGGCUCCAAACGGCCUCUCUCGGUGCAGACUUGGGGGACCCAGAAGGGCCGUUUCCCUCGUAUUCUGCAGCAUUCCCCGUUUGCCCGUGGCAGGAGGGACGCCACCCAGGCCCCCUAGCCCCAGCUCCUGUAGACACUGAGCCAGGAGGGUCUCGCGCCCCGAGCAGCGCUUUUUGGUCCUCCGAGGCCGUGGCCUUUGGCCUGCCCACAUGGCCCGAUCCCUGCUGGCCUUGGACCUCAGGCUCUUGGCUUGUGGCUCCGGAGACCAACCAAAUCAGGGUCGUGCGAUAUCUCUCCCCCCGCAGCUGAAAGCUCCAGGCGCCUUUUCCUGCCUUAAGUAGGAGUUCAGUGACAAGGAGGGGGAUGCGAAGCCACGGGCAGGCCAGGCGCGGGCGGAAGGGCACGACUUUCUCCUCCUUGGGAAACCUGAGAGCAGGGGGCCAGGUUGGGGGCAGGUUAGUCUGCUCUCAUCCAAUCUACCCCAAACGACCCAUUCUCUCUUAUCCCCACCCGCGCCCAGGCGGCAAGCUGUGGACGCUGUUUUCCUUUCUUCCUCCUCCCUCUCUCUCCCUUUUUUAUUUUUAAAGAAAAUAGCCUAUCGGCAGAAGGGGCCCAGCUGCGGCUUGUCUCUGGCCGCCCAGCGGGCUCAGCAAGGCGCUGCCGGUCCUUGGAACCUCUUCCCGGGGAAGGCAUGGGCCGGCCGCGGGGCACAUUCAGAAAGUACCCAGACGCUAGCGAGGGGCCUCCAAAGGCCAUAGCAGGCAUCUGGUGCGGAGGCGAAAGGCUCCUGCCUGAUCCCGAACUCUGAAAACCUCGUUUCCACCCAGACCCCAGUCGCCCGAUGCGGUCGCCGCCUCCGUUUUUCCCCGGACAACUAGGCCGUUUAGCCUCAGCCAGGCUCCUCCUCGGGGUCCCUGUCCGGCUCUGCCAUUCCCCAGGCUGGGCUAAGGGUGGGAAGGAGGUGGAGAAGAGGAUUCCCAACUUCUAAGGGACACAGGAGAAGCGAAAGUUUUUCCUUCCAACACUCUGCCCAGCCCUGCCUGCUCGGCCUGAGGGCUGUGGAUGGGCCACUGCAGCCCGGUAGGAAGCAGGCCAGGCCGGGCUGGUGUGUGAGGGUGUGGGUAUUCUGUGUCAGUAAUUGUUUUCCACACCCAUCUUCCAACCCUCUCUCCUAUUUCCGCGCCCUACCCGGAGACUUGCAAAAACCAGAGUAAGGGAAAAGCAACUCAAUGUCUGAUCAUCUCAUCCAGAGUUAAAAUAAUAAUGACAGAGCGAAGAACACAACUAGAGAGAAAUAACCACACUCCCAGGAAAGUGAGUAAAGGCUCAAAGGGGUCCCUCCUCUCAAAGACUCAACCCUGCGGGUGACCCUAGGCCGGGUUUCUUUCCCGCCUGACAGUUUUCGGGGAGCCAGCAGGGAGGCAGCCAGCCUACGCCGCCAUGGCGGUCUGCGGCCGGCGCUCCCGCCGAUUGCCGGGAGGUGGCGCGCUCUGCUCAGAGGCCGCUGCCAACCUUCUCCCGGCGUCUCCCCCUUCUCCUUGUUUCCCCCUCUCUCGGAGGCUCGCAUUGAAUCGGCCCUAACGAUUCUCGGAUCGUCAUUAUUUGUAACCAUAGAGCAUGAAUUACCUCUUGAGGUCAUCAGUGAGAAUUUACGACUGGUCAACAAAAGCACGUGAUUCCCUAACGCCCCCCCAUCCCCCUUCCAACCUCCCCCCCCCAUAUUUGGCCGCAUACAUAGCAAAACGAAGUACAGUGCAUCGCUAUAAUUCAUUAAUACAUCAUAAAUCGUGAAGCACAGGGUUAUAACGACCACGAUCCACAAAUCAAGCCCUCCAAAAUCACCCAAAUGAGCUCCUACUUUGUAAACUCCUUCUCGGGGCGUUAUCCAAAUGGCCCGGACUAUCAGUUGCUAAAUUAUGGCAGUGGCAGCUCUCUGAGCGGCUCUUACAGGGAUCCCGCUGCCAUGCACACCGGCUCUUACGGCUACAAUUACAAUGGGAUGGACCUCAGCGUCAACCGCUCCUCGGCCUCCUCCAGCCACUUUGGGGCGGCGGUGGGCGAGGGCUCGCGCGCCUUCCCCACGCCCGCCCAGGAGCCCCGCUUCAGGCCAGCGGCGUCGAGCUGCUCCCUGUCCUCGCCCGAGUCCCUGCCCUGCACCAACGGCGACAGCCACGGCGCCAAGCCCUCUGCCUCGUCCCCCUCCGACCAGGCGACCCCGGCCAGCUCCAGCGCCAAUUUCACCGAAAUAGACGAGGCCAGCGCGUCCUCGGAGCCAGAGGAAGCGGCGAGCCAGCUAAACAGCCCGAGCCUGGCUCGGGCGCAGCCAGAGCCCAUGGCCACCUCCACGGCCGCGCCCGAGGGGCAGACUCCGCAGAUCUUUCCCUGGAUGAGGAAGCUGCACAUCAGCCAUGAUAUGACCGGGCCUGACGGCAAGAGGGCCCGGACCGCCUACACGCGCUACCAGACCCUGGAGCUGGAGAAGGAGUUCCACUUCAACCGCUACCUGACCCGGCGGCGGCGCAUCGAGAUCGCCCACGCGCUCUGCCUGUCCGAGCGCCAGAUCAAGAUCUGGUUCCAGAACCGCCGCAUGAAGUGGAAGAAAGAUAACAAACUGAAAAGUAUGAGCCUGGCCACAGCCGGCAGCGCCUUCCAGCCCUGAGUCCUCUGGGAGGAGCCCUGGGCGGCCCAAGAGCCCCGGCCGCCCCCAGCCCCGGCCCCUCCGAGCCUCCCCGCGCCGCCGCCGCCGCCGCCCGCUGGGGACUGGAUCCCAUGCGCCUGCCUCGCCCCAGCCUUGUGUUACCAUGUUUCGUUUGGUCUUAGAUCUUCCCGUGGCUCCCUCUCUCCUGGACUGGUUGAUCUUGUUAUUAUUGUUAAUAAUGAUGAUAAUUAUUAUUUCCCCUCCCUGCUCCUGGCUCCCCUCCGCGCGCCCCACAUCCACCAGUGUUUCUGAAUGUUCGUGUCCGUGGUUGCACUCCUUCCCCCAGGAAGAAAAGAAACUCGCAUGUGUAAUGUGAACUUUCCCCUCCCCAUCUUGUUCUUCUAACUUAUUUAUAAAAGGAUGAGCGCUGUAUUUUGAGUUUCAGCUGGAAACUUCUCUAAGGGGCAGCAGUGGAGGUGGGGUGGUUCCGCAGUGCCGGGCCCAGCUGAGCUGGCCUCGGAGAUGGAGUCCAUGACUGUGUUUCUUUCCGCCCUCCUCUCCCUCCGCCCUCUCCACUCCCCAGGCCCAAGUCUCUUGGUGGCUUGGUCCCUGGGUGGGAAGGGGCUAGGGAGGACCAAAGCGGUGAUGUUGAGAAGAGGGAAGGUAUAUAGUGAGAUUUGAGUUCCUGCCGCCUGGGUAGGCCCCACAGGCCUGCCCUGGGAGUGUACGGAAACAAAAAGAAUCCUCAGUGUAAAAUGUCUUGUGUAUUCCUCUGUGAAUCCAUGGGCCUGGUGUAGAGAGGCCUAACGCUUGUAAAUAUGGGGAUACUCUGGGUAGACCCAUCUCCUUCCCCCCCUUAUCCAUUUUGCUUCCAAGACUAUUUGUAGUGAGCGAGUGGAUGCUGUGCUACGUGUGAAAUCUGUCUUUGCCGGGCCUGUCUCAGUGAUUCGCUUUUGGUAUUUGUUUGUAGCUUUCCUUAAAGUCAAAUAAAUGUUUCCCCUACUC